AUGGGAGGCUUCGGCUCGGUGUACAAAGCAACGCUCACGCAGCCUAGUGAUUUCGAUGGCGGCGAAGUCGCAGUAAAACUCGCCAAAAUUUCCAUGGAAAUAGGAAUUAUAAAUGCAGCGGAAAAGUUGAAAAAGAGACGUGGUGACCUGGAAAUUCUGCUUGGUCGAAAGAAGAAAGACCGCAUGGAGGGCACCACGCCCUUUAGCAAAAAAGAAGCCCUGUGUUACGCUGUGCAGAUAAUCGAGGGCGUUAGCUUCUUACAUCGGAACAAUAUUACGCACGGAGACUUGAAACACCCAAACAUUCUGGUCAAGUACACAAAAGAGUGGCAUCCGCAUUUGCUAAUCGGUGAUUUGGAUGACCUCAUCCAAAUAGAAAACAGUAUUGCGUCUCGCAGUAUCACCAAUAUUUGUGGAAGUAUCCGCUAUAUGUCUCCCGAAAUGCUGAGGCACUUUGGUAAUGGAAGCCAGCAGUUUUGGGAAGAAGUCAGAUAUCUGGAGCCUAGGCUGCAUCCUUCAUGA